UCCCCUCUCCUCUCUCAUCUCUCUCUCUGUCUCUCUGUGUCUCUGUCUCUGUCUCUCUCUCUCUGUGGAACAAAAGAGCAAUAGCACCAUAGCUCUUGGUUUUUAAAGCAGGUUCUGGAGAUCAUGCUCAGGUCCUCCAGCUUGGACAGCAGGCACUUUACCUAGGGAGCCAUCCUACCACCCAGCUGCCUUCACAGGGAAAUCCUGUCGUUUUCCAAAGAUAAGCAACAUUUCGUUUGUGUGCACAAAGUUAAGAAGCUAAAGGUUCAAGUCCACGUAUCUCUGAACAUCCAUGAAAGGGCUUCCUGGAAAACAAAGACAAAACAAAACAAAACCCAAGUGUCCCGAUGGCAUAUGGCUCCACACGGCCAGGAGAGGAGGACCCACUCUGGCAGGCACUGAAAUGCUGACUCUGCUUCUUCCUGGUGGCGGGUGAUGACUUUAAUUCUGCUGAUCUCAUCUAUGGGGCUGGUUGUUGGGCUCGUGGCUCUGGGCAUCAUGUCCGUUACACAGCAAAAGUACCUACUAACCGAGAAGGAAAGUCUCUCCGCCACUCUGCAACAAUUGGCCAAGAAAUUCUGCCAAGAGUUGAUUAAACAAUCAGAGCUCAAGACAAAGAGCACAGUUGAGCACAAGUGCAGCCCCUGUGCCUCAAAGUGGAGAUACCAUGGAGACAGUUGCUAUGGGUUCUUCAGACAAAACCGAACAUGGGAAGAGAGCAAGCACUAUUGUGCUGAGCAGAAUGCAACACUUGUGAAGGCUGCCAGCCAGAAGACUGUGGAAUACCUCACGAGCAGGAUUACUUCCAUCCGUUGGAUUGGAUUAUCACGUCAGGACUCUAAUAAGGAUUGGAUGUGGGAAGAUAGCUCAAUUCUUCCCAAGAACGUGAUUGAUCUUUCUGGGAAUCCAAGAGAAAACAUGAAUUGUGCUUAUCUUUAUAAUGGGAAAAUCCAUCCAGCUUCCUGUGAUGACAGGCAUUAUUUAAUGUGUGAGAGGAGGGCCGGCCUGACAAGGGUGGACCAACUGCUUUAAUACAGAAGGAUGGACAGGAUGCCAGAUAAGUGCUUGGUCAUGCAAUAAAAGAUCUGGACAAAAGAAUUUCCCAGUCACAAAA